GGGAGGCGCCUGGGGCGGCCGAGGGGCGGCUGCGGGCACUGCUGAGCCAACUGAGGAUCCGGGCUGAGGUGCAGGAGGUGGUGUGGGGCGAGGGGGCCGGGGCUGGGGAACCCGAGGCGGAGGAGGAAGGGGACUUUGUGAACAGUGGGCGGGGAGACGCAGAGGCAGAGGCCCUGGCACGCAGCGCCAAUGCCCUGGUUCGGGCCCAGCAGGGGCGUGGCACAGGAGGAGGGCCGGGUGGGCCGGAGGGUGGGGAUGCUGAGGGCCCCAUCACAGCCCUCACCUUCCUGUACUUGCCUCGGCCACCAGCCGAUCCCGCCCGAUACCCCCGCUACCUGGCGCUACUGGAGACUCUAACCCGAGACCUGGGCCCCACGCUGCUGGUUCACGGGGUCACUCCAGUCACCUGCACUGAUCUGUGAUGCCCCUGCCUCCAGGGCUAGGUAGAGAGGGCCCAGGCAGGCGGCCUAUCCUGAUCCUUGGAGGAGGAGGAAGAGGAGGACACUGUGGCCCGUGGCCCUGCCCUUGGGACGUGGAGCCCAGGGGAGGUUUGAAGGGGAUCCUGGGCUUGGGCAUCACGCCCACCUCCUUUGGCAGAGGGACCCCAGCACACUAACUCUGGGCGGCUGUCCCCACCGUGCAGGGGAGGGAGUCCGCAGCCUCCCUUCACUGGUGCCUUGACGCUAGGGGCCAGGCCUCCUCCAUGACUCUGGGCUACCUCAGUUUCCCCAUUUUGGCCAGACUCACCGGCCCACUGGGGUGGUGAUGUUUUCGUUCUGUUUUAUUUUUCUAACUCUGCUGACCAUGAAUAAAAGACCAAAACACUACAGGCUGGCUGAGCAGUGCUGGUGGGUAGCUGAGAGGGAGGGGGUGGGAAUGGAGAGCUCUGCAGAGGGGUGGAGAUCGGAGCCUUCAGCCUCCGGCCGCGAGGCUGCCACGUGCAGGGCUGGGGUGCGGGGCCCGGACGCAUCCGUGGACUUGGAGGCUGGCUCGGGCCCGCACCUCCCAUCCCCAGCUGCCCGCAACCCCCAGUGACUCGGGAUCCCCCGGAGAGCCCUCCCCUCUCGGCAGGAGGGGGCCGACUCGGGGAGAAAUGGCAGUUUAGGGCCUAGGGGGCCACGUGACCCUCCCCCAGGAAUGUGGUGACGUCAUCGGAGGCGUGGUCGUCCCCAAAAUUAGGGAGGAAGAGGAAAAAAAAAAGCCAGAAAAAGUUUUCUUUUCUGGAGUCCCAAACGAGGUGCGGGACGGAAGAGGGGGUGAAGGCCAGAGGCUCGGGGCUUCAAGACCGCUGUCUGGAGUCCCCCGUUCCAGGCCAUGUCGGGGCCCACCUGGCUGCCCCCGAAGCAGCCGGAGCCCGCCAGAGCCCCUCAGGGGAGGGCGAUCCCCCGCGGCACCCCGGGGCCACCACCGGCCCACGGAGCAGCACUCCAGCCCCACCCCAGGGUCAAUUUUUGCCCCCUUCCAUCUGAGCAGUGUUACCAGGCCCCAGGGGGACCGGAGGAUCGGGGGCCGGCCUGGGUGGGGUCCCAUGGAGUACUCCAGCGCACGCAGGGGCUCCCUGCAGACAGGGGGGGCCUUCGCCCUGGAAGCCUGGACGCGGAGAUAGACUUGCUGAGCAGCACGCUGGCCGAGCUGAAUGGGGGUCGGGGUCAUGCGUCACGGCGACCAGACCGACAGGCAUAUGAGCCCCCGCCACCUCCUGCCUACCGCACGGGCUCCCUGAAGCCAAACCCAGCCUCGCCGCUCCCAGCGUCUCCCUAUGGGGGCCCCACUCCAGCCUCUUACGCUACCGCCAGCACCCCGGCUGGCCCGGCCUUCCCCGUGCAAGUGAAGGUGGCACAGCCAGUGAGGGGCUGCGGCCCACCCAGGCGGGGAGGCUCUCAGGCCUCUGGGCCCCUCCCGGGCCCCCACUUUCCUCUCCCAGGCCGAGGUGAAGUCUGGGGGCCUGGCUAUAGGAGCCAGAGAGAGCCAGGGCCAGGGGCCAAAGAGGAAGCUGCUGGGGUCUCUGGCCCUGCAGGAGGAGGAAGAGGAGGCGAGCACGGGCCCCAGGUGCCCCUGAGCCAGCCUCCAGAGGAUGAGCUGGAUAGGCUGACGAAGAAGCUGGUUCACGACAUGAACCACCCGCCCAGCGGGGAGUACUUUGGCCAGUGCGGUGGCUGCGGAGAAGAUGUGGUUGGGGAUGGGGCUGGGGUUGUGGCCCUUGAUCGCGUCUUUCACGUGGGCUGCUUUGUGUGUUCUACGUGCCGGGCCCAGCUUCGCGGCCAGCAUUUCUACGCCGUGGAGAGGAGGGCAUAUUGCGAGGGCUGCUACGUGGCCACCCUGGAGAAAUGUGCCACGUGCUCCCAGCCCAUCCUGGACCGGAUCCUGCGGGCUAUGGGGAAGGCCUACCACCCUGGCUGCUUCACCUGCGUGGUGUGUCACCGCGGCCUCGACGGCAUCCCCUUCACAGUGGAUGCUACGAGCCAGAUCCACUGCAUUGAGGACUUUCACAGGAAGUUUGCCCCAAGAUGCUCAGUGUGCGGUGGGGCCAUAAUGCCUGAGCCAGGUCAGGAGGAGACUGUGAGAAUUGUUGCUCUGGAUCGAAGUUUUCACAUUGGCUGUUACAAGUGCGAGGAGUGUGGGCUGCUGCUCUCCUCUGAGGGCGAGUGUCAGGGCUGCUACCCGCUGGAUGGGCACAUCUUGUGCAAGGCCUGCAGCGCCUGGCGCAUCCAGGAGCUCUCAGCCACCGUCACCACUGACUGCUGAGUCUUCCUAGAAGUACCUGCUGGGUUCUCAGUUCCAGUUCCCAUUCUUCGAUUGAUCACUCUCCCUGACAUCCACCUGUAUGACUUCGUCACCAAAUGCUGUCUCCUCUUUCUCCAAUCAAGAAAUAAUAAUCCCUCGAGUUUACAAAACA